AUGAAGCUUUUCAUUCCUACCAUGAUCGCCGGUGUGGCACUUACUCUUGAGUACGCAAAUGCUCUGAACGUCAAAAUCUUCGGUUGCGAAUACAGUCCUCGCAAGGGACCCGAAUGGGCUGCUGACAAUGAAAAGUGCAAGUCCGAAGAUGAGGUGGAAAAGGACAUGAAAGCACUGGCGACCAUCACGGACAAAGUUCGUAUCAACUCCUUGUUGGACUGCAAUGUGUCCUCGAUCGUCCUGCCUACUGCCAAAAAAGCUGGUCUCCAAGUGCACCUCGGUAUCUGGAUGUCUUCGGGCGAGCAAGAAUGGCAACUUGAAAAGGACCAGUUUUCUAGUCUUCUUAAGUCGGGCAUGUUUGACAAAAACAUUAUCGCUGUGGAUGUUGGUAGCCAAGCUAUCUCUCGUGAGCAAGUCGACACAGAUCUUGCCAUUUCCCAAAUGAAAACAAUUCGGGACCAAAUUCGCGAAAGCGGCUUUAACACCCCAGUCACGAUUGCUGAAACGAUUGAUACUUAUGUGGCCAAUCCAAAGCUUAUCCAAGCGGUAGACUUCGUCAACGUCAUCCAUUUUCCUAUUUGGGACCGCGUUGCCAGCAAUGAAGGUGCUUCAAAGAUGCUUGACCGUCUGAGGUCCUUACGUAUGACGGCUGCCUUGGCGAACAAGAAAACUCAAAUCGCGUCGACGGGUUGGAGUUCAAAUGGAUCGGAUCCAAAUGCGGCUACCGCCACUCCACAAGACCAAGCCCGAUAUCUGUCUGACAUACACCAAAUGUCCGUCGCAAACGAUAUCCCCUUCUACUGGUACACCUACAUCGACCAGCCAUGGCGUGUGAAAGAGAUUGAGGCGAAUUUCGGCCUCUUUUCGGUGAACAAUACCCUUAAAUCCAACAUCGACAACUUGAACAUCACCCUGCUGGACCCGUUCCUGAUUCAGAAUGAAGCGACAAGUUUGUACUUGUCCGAAUCCACGAACGAGGUGUACAUGUGGGAGAAGUCGAAGGAAUACAUGGCCACUGAAGAACAGGUGUGGUUCUGGAAUCCUGCUACGCAGCAGUUGCGUUGCCUGAGUAACUUCCAAUGCCUUGACGCCUAUCAGCCUCAAGACCGCGGAUUCGUCCACAUGUUUCCUUGUAUCGACACCGAAGGUAACCAGAAAUGGAGAUUUGACAACAAAACCAACCAACUCCAGCAUAUCACUCACAAUGGCCUCUGUCUGGAUAUCGACACGGAACGCUCGAACCGCAUCCAGAUCUUCACGUGCUCAAACAAGACCAUGACGCAGAAAUGGGAUUUUAUUGAGAAGGCCAGUGCUUACUAA